AUGUUGAGGUCGAGGGAUCCGCUGAUCGUCGGGAGGAUUGUGGGCGACGUCAUCGACUACUUCGACGCGCCGGCGCGGCUGAGGGUGUUGUACGGCAACCGCGAGAUCACGGUUGGGUCGGAGCUGAGGCCGUCGCAGGUGGCGAACCAGCCCACGGUGCGCAUCACAGGAAGGGUGGGAUCACUCUACACGCUCGUGAUGGUAGACCCUAAUGUACCUGGACCCAGCGACCCUUCCGAACGGGAGUACCUCCCUUGGUUUGUCACAGACAUACCAGAAGGAGGUGACGUGGGCCAUGGCACUGAGGUGAUGGCAUACGAGAAGCCGCAGCCGAUGGCGGGGAUCCACCGUUUGGCAUUCGUGGUGUUCCGGCAGGCUGCGCGGGAGGUCAUCUACGCACCAGGGUGGCGCUCCAACUUCAUCACGAGGGACACGGCCGAGUGCUAUAGCCUCGGCGCUCCGGUCGCCGCCGCCUACUUCAACUGCCAGAGGGAGGGCAGCUGCGGUGGCCGGAGGUGGCAGGGGUGAACCAAGCUGGCUAUAACUAUAACACAUACGUGUCAUCACGCCAUCCAAUUGGAUGUCUCGCACAAAAUAAAUGAAUAAAGAAAAUAUGUGUAAGCUAGCUAUCUGCUUGUGUACUGGCUAAUUGGCAAUCUCGAUUGACCCUACUUGUGGCAGAAUGUACUGUUCACUUCGUGCAUAGCCUAAAUAUUUAAUAAUCUUGUAUAUACUCUUUCU